AUGAGCUUCUAUACUGUUGUUGCAGCUUUUUUGGUCGUAUCCUUAGUUAGCGUGGUGUUUUGGUUUUUGGCACCCAAAGAGAACCAAACGGUCUGGAGAAGCACUGUCAUUUUGUCCUUGUCCAUGAUGUUCUUGAUGUGGGCGUUUACUUAUCUAGCGCAACUGCAUCCCUUGGUGGCACCUCGCCGUGCCGAUUUGAGACCUGAGUUUGCCGAGUAA